AUGGGGCGCUUUAGCUGGUUAACUGAGGGUUCGAGUAGCUCUGACCAGCUGGCUACUCGAAGCUCUGCUAGGGUAGUCAGUAAAGACGACGAAGAUGUGAGUUCUCAUACCAGCCGAGAUAUAAGCUAUGGAAUACCGAGCAGAUGCUACUGCGGUUUCUUAACUCCGCUGAAAAUGAUGGACCAUACGGACGAGCAUCCUGGGCGGAUAUUUUUUGGAUGCAAGAAUUAUAAGCUAGGUUUCCCACAUCUUAUGAAAUGGUGGGACGAGGCUAUGAUGGAGGAAUUUCUACAACUCAAAUGGGCCUUCGACAACCCUCGUUUUGGCUUUCCCCAACCUGAAACUGAAGAACGCAAAACCUUGCUUCUGACUGAGGCAGAGUUAACCGAUUUGAAGAACCAAGUUCUUAAGAUGAAGCGUUUAAGAAGACUAACAGGCGAUUUCGUUGUCUCCCCUGAUUACACAACCGCUGUAUCCCCCGCUUACACAACCGCUGUAUCCGCCGAUUACACAACCCGCUGUCUCCGCCAAUUACACAACCCGCUGUCUCCACCGGAUGUCAAAGCCGACAUUCCCAGGAGAUUCUACACCAAAGGAGGCGAUCCGGACGCAGGGAAAAGCAUUUCCAGGUGUAGCAAGAACACCAAGCUCUUUGAUAGUCUCCGAAAGCUCCUCACCGACGACGAAUGGAAUGAAAUCAGUGACUCCAGGAUUGGUAUCUUCCUAAAGUUCCGUGACCUUCAAUUCGAGUGGGCUUCACGGAUUGCGCAUGCCAUGCUCUGUUUCCAGGUUGUAUGCAAGAAGAAGUAUGAGAUAUGGAGCGCUGUGGGGGCAAAUCCGAUAAGAUUUUCAUUGCACGAGUUCUCAGCCAUCACCGGCCUCAACUGCGAGUAUGUUGAGAACCUAGAGACACCUGAUGCUCCAGCAACGGAUGCCGUGUGCGAGUUCUGGGAGAGGUUGGGUGUCAACGUCGAGGUAGGGCCUAGCAUUGACCAGCUGGCUGAAGCUUGUGAGUGGGCAGGCGAGUGGCCAAGGGAGGAUAAGCUUAGAUUGGGCUACCUAGCCAUAUACGCAGGCUUCAUUCAGGCCCGUAGAUCCGCUGCCGAGACACCUGUCAAGCUAGCUAGGCUUGUGUUGGAUUUGGAGAAGUUUGAGGAAUACCCGUGGGGCCGAGUUUGUUUCUUGCAGCUCAUCAAGUCCAUUAAAGGAGUGGAUUUGGAGAAGUCGGGUUAUGUGCUGGAGGGUUUCAUCGAGGUUCUCCAAAUUUGGGCUUUUGAGAGCAUGCCGAAUUUUGCAGAGAAAUACGGUGCUCCUCUGCCAUCUAAACCAUCACCACCGCUCCUUGCGUACAAGGGUAUUCAAGGCAAAAGGUACAUCGUGGAGGCAAUGCUGAAGCAGGUGGUCGGUGGAGGUGGAAGCCAAGACUGGGACGAGGAAGGUGUCUUGGUCUCCAAUCACCCGCGAGUGGACGUGAAGCCUCCAAUAAAAGUGGAGGCUAGUUUCACAGAUUCGAAGAAGAGACCUCGUCCUACUCCUCCAUCAAACUAUGAUGAUAUCGAGGAGACGUUGCAGAGGUUGAUUUCUGACUGCACCCGGACCUUGUCUGCUGAUCUGAAGGCAGGGUUCCAGAAGUAUGACCGGCAACUAGCUGCACUUACCUCGACAGUUGCUGGUAUGGAGCGUAGUGUGAAGCAGCUGAUGGAUGUAAGGCUUCAGGAGCAGCGUAGAUCCGACGAUCCCUCUCCCAAAAAAGAUGAAACCGGCGAAGAAGAUGAGACCGGCGCCAAAGAAGAUGUGACCGGCGCCAAAGAAGCUAAAACUGCUCAACCGGUUAGUACUGAUCCCUCUCCCAAAUCUCUCAACUCUUCUAAAGUGCAAGAUAAGCAACCAAAACGCCGGUCCAUCCUCAGUGAUAACCGUGACGACAGCAGCAUUGCAUAUGUUAAGACCUAUGUGCCAAGCAAAGAAGAAUGCCUAGCAGACAUCAGGAAGAAUCAGAAGUUCAAGGAUCUCAUACGUAACAAGAAGCAGCGCUUAGAGGUCUACAAUCCGUAUAUGCCCGAAGACAAGAAUGUUCGGAAGGAACUAACGGCGUUCCUGAAGUCUACAGCUGGGUAUCCAAAGCUUGACAAGGAUAAGUUUCCCGUGUGGUAUUGGUGGUGGGAACUCAUUACGCAGCCGCAAUGGCUAUCGGACUCGCACAUGGACGCGGUCAUCAAUCUUAUGCGGCUCAGAAUGAAAGAACAACCGCACAGCUUUAGAAGUGACCGGCUUGUCUCAUCGAUAGUGGUCUUAGUCUGUUUUGGACGGCAAAGUAUGACGAUUUCAAGAAGUCUGAGCCUAAUGUCUUUGGACUUGGGAAGUACCUCCCACCUGACUCACUUGACUACUUCCAAGGCACGAAACCAGAAUUCUGCCAGACGAAUAAACGAUGUUAUCCCUGCCGUAUGGACGAUGAAGAACUGGACGGAGGUGGAACCCGUGGCUGUGAUGAUGGCGUACAUGUUACGCGAGAUGGCACUAGUGGAAGAACGUGACAACUAUCCGUUCGAUAAAUUUACUCACGAACGUAUUGCUGGUGUGCCGGAGCAAAAGGGUCCCGGGGAUUGCGGUGUCUACUGUCUGAAAUACAUCGAGUGUCACGCAACUGGAAACGCUUUUUCAGCCUCUUCACUGUGCAACAAGAACAUCAAGGCAAUUCGGAGUAGGUAUGCUUGUGACAUUUUCAAGGAGACCGAUUGCAAGGGACCGAGGAUCCGUGACUGGGACGGUCUUGAUCCUUUCGACGGGAGAUGCUGA